AUGGCAUCCACAGAUUAUGUUUUGGAAAAUGCUGUCAUCGAUAAUGGACCUCCUGUCCGUUAUCGGCUAACACCGAAUAAGACGAACCUUGGUGGAGAGGGAGAAGAAGAGUCCAAGGUCAGAAGAUGGACCAUAGGUAAAAAAGAUCCUAGCAAACAGAAUAAAACAAUCCUGCUUGUUGGAGAGACUGGAUCAGGGAAAUCUAGCUUGAUCAACACUUUUCUUAACUUUGUAAUGGGGGUAAAGGAUGUGGAUGAAAAAUGGUUUGAGAUUGUAGAUGACGCCAAGAAACACUCAACCUUAGAAAGUCAGACAUCAAAAGUGACAGUUUACGAGAUUUUUAGUUUUGAAGGUAAAACCGUCCCCUACUCUCUGACCAUCAUCGACACUCCUGGUUAUGGAGACACCAGAGGGAUUGAACACGAUGCCAUAAUCAAUCAAAUGUUAUACGAUUUAUUCAGUUCAGAAGACGGGAUUCAAGAACUUGAUGCAGUGGGUCUGGUGCUGAAGGCGGCUGAGAAUCGACUGAGUGACCGACUGAGGUACGUCUUCGAUUCAGUGAUGUCUCUGUUUGGAAAAGACAUGGAGAAGAACGUUGUCGCUCUCAUCACUCACUCAGAUGGAAUGCCUCCUGAAAACGCUCUUAAAGCUCUUGAUGCUACAAACAUUAAAUGUGCCAGAAAUGAGAAGAAUCAGCCUGUUUACUUCUCGUUUAAUAACUGCCUGAGCACACAGAGAACAGAGGAAACAGAGUUUGGACUAGGACAAGCGUGGACAGUAUCAACGAGGGGAAUGCAUCAAUUAACAUCUUUCCUGGAGAAAACCACACCUCAAGAGCUUGAUACAACUGUGAAUGUCCUGAAUGAACGCAUUAGGCUGGCCGCCUGCAUUAACAAUCUAACAGAAAGAAUUGACCUGAUUAAACUAAAGCAGCAAAUCAUCCAACAGACCCAGGAAGAAUUAGAGAAACACAGAGAAUCAAUGAAAAAAGAAGAUAAUUUCACAAUAGAAGUUGAUGAGCACUAUAAGGAAAAAGAAACUACUGAUGGAGGGAUGUGGUGGUUGGUUUUUUAUGGUGGAGCUGUCACCUGUAAAGUCUGUAAAGAGAACUGUCACUACCCAGGAUGCACAAUGGCCUGGUAUCCAAACCACUGUCAGGUGAUGAAAGGAGGCCGCUGUACUUCAUGUACCAGGAAGUGUCCUGUGUCAGAUCAUGUGAAAGAGAACAAAAUCUAUGUGAACAAGACAAGGAAAGUUAAAAGAACCAUUGGUGAAUUGAAACAGAAGUAUAAAGCAGAUGAAGAGCAGUGUGAGAACCUUCUGUCAGCCCUUCAAACAGAGAAAGAGAAGCUUGAAAAAGAGAAGGAUACCUGGCUGGAUGAGGCCUACCAGCAUGUUCUCAGUCUGGAGCAGAUCGCCCUGAAUGUUAAUUCGCUGUUCACUCAUGCCCACUUGGACUUCCUGAUUGACAUGAUGAAGGAGAGAAGAGACACAGAGAAGGUCCAGAAACUGGAGGAGAUGGUAGCACGAGUGGAUGAAGGAACCAGAGCGGCUCUGCGGUACAUCUUUAGUUAUGUUGGUGGUAAAGCAACAUCACUUGUCAAAGCAGCUGGUAAAAAGUUAGGAAAGAAGUGA